AUGGAUAGUCAGUGUGAGAUGAUGACAACAGGAGCCCAGAAACCCUCCAUGAGAGAGAUGCUGUGGCUGCUGCCUCUGCUGUGGGCAGCCCUCAACCACACACCCAACAUCCUCAUCCCGGGGCCCCUGGAGAGCGGCCUCCCCAGGAACCUGACCUGCUCUGUGCCCUGGGCCUGUGAGCGGGGCACGCCCCCCAUCUUCUCCUGGACGUCAGCUGCCCACACCUCCCUGGGCCCCAGGACCCACUUCUCCUCCGUGCUCACCCUCACCCCACGGCCCCAGGACCACGGCACCAACCUCACCUGUCAGGUGCAUUUUCCUGCCGCUGGUGUCACCGUGGAGACAACCAUCCAGCUCAACGUCACCUGUGCCCCACAGAACCCAACACCAGGUGGUUGCUUAGGAGACAGUGCAGGGGAACCGAGGACGAAGGCAGACGUGGUUCAGGCGGCCGUUGGGGGAGCCGGUGUCACUGCACUGCUGGCUGGCUGUCUCUGCCUCAUCUAUUUUGUAGUGAAGACCCGCAGGAAGGAAGCCAGGACAGCAAUGAGCAUGGACAACAUCCACACUGCCAUGGGGCCAGCUUCCUUGCAACGUGUCAUAGACUUCAAGGAGGACUCCAUAGAUGUCAUAGAUAUCCAGUGA